AUGAUAUGUUCUUUAGAUCAGUAUAAAGAAAAUAUGCACUAUAUAAUAUCUUUCACAUCCAACGUACCAGUGACCCUGACCCCUCAACAACACAUCGAGACAGUCAUCAGGAAAAAGGCAAAUUCACUAAACAUGCGCGGAGAACAUCCUAGGAAUUACGUGCUGAAGGUCUGCGGACGUGAGGAAUACUUGUUGGGAGACGAUCCUCUCAUUCAAUUCCUGUACAUCCAGGAGACGCUUGCCAGGGACGGGGUACCGCAGGUCAUGACAGUCAGCAUAGAUAAGAUACCAUUGGUCGGUUGCGAUUUUCAACAUUACUCGCUACCUGAGAGAAGAAGGCUAACAUCAGAACAGUCGAAUACUAUAAGAAAGAAGAAAAACAACGAGUCCUCUUGGAAAAUAGAGAAGAAUUAUUCCUGUAUAGUACAGACGGUGGGAGGCUUGAACGUGGACCCUGGGAGACAUGUGGAGGUGGUAUGUCAGGCUGGUAUUUACCACGGUGGUAAAUCACUGUGUGAGCCACAGAAGACUAUGGUGGCUGUGGUUUCAAGGGAAGGAGAGGCUCAAUGGGAUGAAGAACUCAAGUUCCCCAUACAAGUGUGUAAUGUACCGAGAAUGGCGAGGCUCUGCUUCGUCAUAUACGAGAUAUCGAAGGCCAAGAACAAACGGAAAGCCAAGGGAAGUAAGGACGCUAUAAACCGUCUAGCGUGGGCCAAUACAAUGAUAUUCGACUACAAAGAGCAGCUACGUACAGACGGCGUGACGUUGUUCAUGUGGACCCACGUGGCUGAUGAGACUCAAGGAGACGACCUGCUCCUACAUCCGCUAGGGACAGUGGUCUCAAACCCUAAUACAGAUUCGUGCGCAGCCCUACAAGUACGCUUCUCCAACUACGAUUGCCAAUAUCCGAUACUAUUUCCGAAGCAAGAAGCUGUUAAGGCUUACGCGGAACAGCUUGAGAAUGCGUCACCGGAUGUAGCGACUAAACUGAGCGAAGAUUUGGAGAAGCUGCGACUAACAGCGGAAAGAGAUACCUUGUAUGAAAUACACGAACAGGAGAAGAAAGGUAUUUGGGCGUCACGUGAGUAUUUCCGUUCGUGCGCCCCGGAGCUGCUUCCCAAGUUAUUAUCAUGUGUGGAGUGGACGGAGCGUCGUGAGGCGGCCCGCGCAGCCCUCGCCCUCACUGCUUGGCCACCCCUGAGAGUUGAAGCCGCCCUAGAGCUUUUGGAUUACGCGUACGCGGACGCUGCGGUCAGGAGCUUCGCUGUUAAUUGUCUAGCUAAGAUCAGUGAUGAAGAUCUGCUGCUAUACCUCCUCCAGCUAGUGCAGGCCUUGAAGCACGAAUCAUACUUGAUGUGUGACCUGUCCGUUUUUCUAUUACAACGAGCCUUCAACAAUAUGACCAUAGGACACUAUCUGUUCUGGCAUUUACGUUCUGAGAUGCACGUGCCUUCGGUGUCAGUGAGGUUCGGUCUAGUGCUGGAGGCUUACUGUCGCGGCUGUCAAGACCAUAUCAGCAGUCUCAUGAGACAGAUCACGUGUCUGGAUAAACUAAAAUGGGCGAGUCAAUGUAUCCUCAAGAAGAAGGAGAUAAGUAAAGCCCGUGCGGCGUUGCAGCAGCAUUUAGCAGAGCAGCACUGUGUGGACACGCUGGCUGACUUUGUGUCACCCCUCACGCCCAGCCUCAUCUGUAAGAUGAUUAAACCGGAAAGAUGUCGCGUGAUGGACAGCAAGAUGCGUCCCCUACUGCUGGAGUUCUCCAACGUGGACCCGACCGGCAGCGACGUGCGGAUCAUACUCAAGAUAGGAGACGACCUGCGGCAGGACAUGUUCACGCUACAGAUGCUGCGGAUCAUGGACCGGCUGUGGAAGAACGCGGGAUAUGACUUUAGAUUGAACCCCUACAACUGUAUAUCGAUGGAGUACGCGGUGGGUAUGAUCGAGGUGGUUGAGGACGCGGAGACGGUCGCCAACAUACAGAAACAGAGCGCGCUGUUCAACGCAGCCUCUACUAUAUCAAAGGCUAAUCUGUUUCAAUGGCUGAGAAAACAGAAUCCCACGGAGGAAUCUUUCAAUAAAGCUGUGGAGGAAUUUACUAUGAGUUGUGCUGGGUACUGCGUGGCCACGUACGUACUGGGAAUAGCUGACAGGCAUCCUGAUAAUAUUAUGGUCAAGAAAAGCGGCCAGUUGUUCCACAUCGAUUUCGGUCACUUCUUGGGUCACUUCAAGCAGAAGUACGGGUUCAAACGAGAGCGGGUCCCGUUCGUGUUGACCCAUGACUUCAUACACGUCAUCAACAAGGGUCAGCGGGGCGGAGUGCACGACAUAGACUUCAAGAGGUUCAGGGAACUUUGUGAAACGGCGUUCAUAAUCCUCCGUUCUCACGGUCACCUCAUCCUGUCUCUGUUCUCUAUGAUGAUCAGCACCGGUCUGCCGGAGCUCAGCUCGGAGAAGGAUUUACAAUACCUCAGGGAAACACUGGUGAUGGAUCUGUCUAAGGAGAAGGCUAUGGAACACUUCAGGCUGAAGUUCGACGAGGCUGUGAAGAACUCCUGGACGGCCUCCUUCAACUGGGCCCUUCACAACUUCGACAAGAACAACUGA